CUGAGCACCGUGCGGUGGUGUCUGCCGCUGUCCCUGCGCGUCCCGUCGGGUGCCCCCAGGAGCGCGAUGGCCGAGCUGGGUCCUCUGGCCGAGGAGCUGUCGUGCUCCAUCUGCCUGGAACCCUUCAAGGAACCCGUCACCACCCCUUGCGGCCACAACUUCUGCAGGUCGUGCUUGGAUGAGACGUGGGUCGUCCAGGGCCCGCCGUACCGAUGCCCGCAAUGCCGCACAGUGUACCAGAUGCGCCCGCAGCUGCACAAGAACACGGUGCUGUGCGCAGUGGUGGAGCAGUUCCUGCAAGCCGAUCAGGCACGGCCGCCGGUGGACGACUGGACGCCCCCUGCCCGCUCCGCCACUUCCAGCUCAGCCACCCAGGUGGCCUGUGACCACUGCCUGAAGGAGUUCGCGGUGAAGACGUGCCUCGUGUGCAUGGCCUCUUUCUGCCAGGAGCACUUGAGACCGCACUUCGACAGUCCCGCCUUCCUGGACCACCCCUUGCAGCCACCCGUCCGUGACCUGCUGCGCCGCAAAUGUCCCCAGCACAACCGCCUUCGGGAAUUGUUUUGCCCCGAGCAUGGCGAGUGCAUCUGCCAUAUCUGCCUGGUAGAGCACAAGACCUGUUCCCCUACACCCUUAAGCCAGGCCAGCGCCGACCUGGAGAACAAACUGAGGCAAAAACUGUCCACAAUGCACAGUCACAUCAGCGGGGCAACCAGAGCACUGGAGGAUGUGAGAGCCAAGCAACAGAGCGUGCACGACUCUAUGAGCCAUAAGCUGGAACAACUGAGAAAAGAAUAUGUGGAGAUGAAGGCCGUCAUUGACUCGGCAGAGACUGGCUCCACACGCAGGCUGAAGGAGGAGGAGAAGAGGGUCUUCGGAAAGUUGGACACCAUCUACCAGGUCCUUGUCAAGAAGAAGAAUGAGAUGCAGGACCUGAAGGCAGAGGUUGAGCUCACCCUGGCCAAAGGGGACGAGUUUGAGUUUCUGGAGAAAGCUGCAAAGUUGCGAGAAGUGUCAACGAAACCAGUCUACAUCCCCAAGAUUGACCUAGACCAUGAGUUGAUAAAGGCGGUCUACCAGGGAGCAAUGGACCUCAAGAAUGAUCUGAAGCGCUCCAUCAAGCAGCUCCAGGAGAGGGCUGAGGAGUCCAUUGGCCCAGGUGACGUGGGAGGUCAUGGUACCGAGUCCACAUCCAAAACUACACGCCCUGUGAAGAAGCCCCAACAGGAUAAGAAGGCCAAGAAAACCCCAACUGUCCCCACUCCCAGCACUCCCUCACCCAACAAGCCCACCUUUGGAGCUCCCGGGCAGUCAAUGGAUUUUAAAACAACUAUCCCUGAUGCCCCACCCAAAGCCAACACCCCACAGCCAAACUUGACUGCGCUCAAAGCCAAGGUGCUCGAAAACUUCUUAGCCAAGUCUAGAGCCGAGCUUCUGGAGUAUGCCGUUAAAGUCAUCUUCGACUACAAUACUGCCCACAACAAGGUGGUUCUGACAGACAACUACACCACCGCUUCUGUGGCCGAGGGUCUUCAGCAGUACCGCUCCCAUCCCCAGAGGUUCACCUACUGUUCUCAGGUCCUGGGGCUGCACUGCUAUAAGAAGGGCAUUCACUACUGGGAGGUGGAGCUGCAGAAGAACAACUUCUGUGGUGUAGGUAUCUGCUACGGCAGUAUGGAGCGGCAGGGCCCCGAGAGCCGGCUGGGCCGAAACGCCAACUCGUGGUGUGUGGAAUGGUUCAAUAACAAGAUCUCGGCCUGGCACAACAACGUGGAGAAAACUCUGCCCGCCACCAAGGCCAUGCGGGUUGGUGUACUUCUCAACUGUGACCACGGCUUUGUCAUUUUCUUUGCUGUCACUGAAAAGGUCUACCUGAUGUAUAAGUACAAGGUGGACUUUACUGAAGCCCUGUACCCAGCCUUCUGGGUCUUCUCUGUGGGUACCAAGCUUUCCAUUUGCUCUUCUAAGUAGGCAAGCCGCUAGGCCAGGCUCAGCCUCAGGCACUUGGACUUGCUGAGGAUCACUCAAGACUGGUCAAAACACCAUAGAAGGGAUUCUCCUAGGAGAAUUUCUGAGUCCCCAACAGAUAGGAGAUUUGGCGGGGACCUGGGGAAGAGGCUGAGAGAAUAAAAAACGGGGAGAUUUGGUUCAGAAAGGGGUGGGGUGAUUGUCUUGUGGGUGGGGAAGCAUAUCUACCUCCCGGUGCCCCUGAGGACAGGGUGACCCCCCCUCCCAGUGUUCUGGGAAAUCUCUCAGGCUGCUAGCCACUUGGGCAGAGCUUCAGAGCACUAAAUUGUUAGUGCUCCUGUUGUCUUUUUUUUUUUU